AUGCUGGACCCCCUGAGGCCCCCGCCCGCCUGGCUGCGGAGCUUCAUCGAGCCGUACGCCCUCGCGCUGAACAGUCCGACCCUCAGCGAGCACAUCCACGAGGUGAUCGGUGCCUUUGUGUUCUACCAGUUCAUUCACUCGGUGCUCUCCCCGUGGCUGUCGCCGAUCCUCUUCCCCCGCUCAUACCCGGCGCUUAACGCCCGCACCAAGUUGAAUUGGGAUAUCCACGUCGUCUCCCUUAUCCAGAGCGUGCUGAUCAAUGCCGUCGCGCUGUGGGUGAUGUUCGUCGACAACGAGCGCCAGUCUAUGUCCGUGGGCGAGCGUGUCUCCGGGUAUACUGGUGCCUGCGGCAUGAUCCAGGCUCUGGCCGUCGGAUACUUCAUAUAUGAUCUGAUUGUGAGCGUGGCUCAUGUUCAGAUGUUUGGUAUCGGGAUGCUGUUCCAUGCUCUCAGCGCGCUUUGGGUGUUUAGCCUUGGCUUCAGACCAUUUCUCAAUUACUAUGCGCCUGUCUUCAUUCUCUACGAGCUAUCCAGCCCCUUCCUCAAUAUCCACUGGUUCCUGGACAAAGUCAACAUGACCGGCAGCCGCGCCCAGUGGUGGAACGGCAUGCUCCUCCUCUCCGUGUUCUUUUGCUGCCGUCUCGUCUGGGGCACCUGGCAAUCUAUUGUCGUCUACAAGGACAUGUGGUAUGCUCUCCAGCAAACCUGGUCGGCAUCCUCUUCAUCGCCUCUCCAGGCCCCCACCGACAUCAAUGCCCAUGUCUUUGAGCUCCGCGACGGUGCCAUGUGUGUUGAUGAGACCUGCGCUCGUGCCAAUGCCGAAAUCUCCCGCUUCAAAGAGUACACUGUCGGCGGCGUGCCGACCUGGUUGGUACUUACGUAUGUCACCUCUAACCUGAUCCUGAACUUCUUGAACUACUUCUGGUUCUCCAAGAUGGUGGACACUGUUCUCAAGCGCUUCCGCACCCCCCAUGCCGGUGCUGCCGAGGACAAGAAGAAUGCAGUCGAGAAGUCUGCCAAGACGGAGGAUUUUGCGCGCGAUGUCAUCCUCGAGGCUGCUGCAGCUCUGGAGGAGGAGGAGGAGGGUGGGCUCUUGCGGGGUGAGCUGCCAUUGACGCCCGCGCAAACUUCGUCGGCUAUUGAUGCUGGCCUUGGCGAAGAGCUGCGGCGGCGUAGGGCAGAGUUGAUUGCUAAGGUGCCUCUGCCUGGGGCAUAG